AUGAAGUUUACUUCCAGAUUAUUUGGUACCGGUAUUCUAGCAGCUUCAGCAGUUUUAUUAUUAUUCACCGCAACAUCAGUUAAUGCAUGUGAAGCAGAUUGCCGUGACGGAAUUUCUCACGCAUUUGCCGACAAGUAUGCUCUUGAGAUUGCUCCAAAAUUUGAUUCGUUUAGCACUAGUGUUAACAAAAACAUUUUCAAAAAAUUCAACGUUACGGACUUUGUAGCCUCUAGUAAAGUCAAAAAAUUAAAAGCUGGUGUUUUAUCAGCUUUAACAAAAAAAAUCCCAACUUUAAAAACAUCAUUUAUAACCAGUCUCGCUCCUUUGAUUCAAAGAGCAAUUUUCGAACAAAAACCAAAAUUCAAAGGUCAAUGCCAAGUACCAUUAAAAGUUACACAACCACCACCUGGUGUAGCAUGGACAGAGAGUGAUUGUGAAAAUCAAGAUUACAUUUGUGGAAAUCCUCCUGCUAUUUGCCAUUUUAUGAAUGCAAUUGUCAAGCCACGUAACGUCAAGAAUGUUAUAGAAUUGCUUAGUUCAAAAGAAGGUCCUUUCUUUAACACUUUAAAUUCUGAAAUCAAGAGAGUGACUGCCAAAUUCGUUACCAACAAAAAUAAAUUAAAUGGCCUUAAUAAUGCACUUGCUAAAAAUCUUAAAGGGCUUUUGGCUCGUUUUGUUAAAGACUUUAAAGCAACAUUCUGUAGUGGAACAACCUGUGACAAAUAUGAUGAAGAAAUCAAAAAACUUCUUUU